AUGGGGAACUGCCAGGCGGCGGACGCGGCGGCCGUGGUGAUCCAGCACCCGGGCGACGGCAAGGUGGAGCGCCUCCACUGGCCGGCCACCGCGGCGGACGUCAUGCGCAGGAACCCCGGCCACUACGUCGCCCUCGUCGUCCUCCAUCACGUCUCUGGCGGCGGCGUUGACCCCGACCCCGCCGUCGCCGGAGAAGGAGCAGGCGCCAGGAUAACCAAGGUGAAGCUUCUCAAGCCGAGGGACACGCUCCACCUCGGCCAGGUCUAUCGCCUCAUCACCUCCCAAGAGGUGACCAAGGCCGUGCAGACGAGGAGGCAGGAGAGGACGCGCGGCUUCGACGAGGCGACCGAGCAGGAGCGGCCGCGGCUGCACCGGCGGCGGCAACCGCCGAGGCCGAGGAGCGACAACGCAGCCACGGAAACCAACGGAGAACAGAGGCAGCCCGCCGAUCAUCAGGAACGGAAGCGGCUGGAGAAGGACCGGCACCACCGGAGCAUCGCGGCCGCCCGCGGCAGAGGCCGCCACUGGCGGCCGGCGCUGCAGAGCAUCAUAGAGUCGUCGUCGUCGUCGGGCGGACACGCCGACUGCGAGGAUAUACUAUCUAAAUGA